AUGGCCAAAUCAAACGACACGGCGAGAGCUCUUCUCAACAUUCUCGUCGUGUCCAGCCUCAUUGCCAGAUUCUCGCCGGCACACGUCCUGAGUCAGAAUUGUGGCUGCAACACCAACCUGUGUUGCAGCCGGUAUGGCGGGAAAAGUGCCAAAAAAUGCGGGUCUGGAGAUGACUACUGCGGGGCCAGUUGUCAAUCCGGCCGUGUUACUCAUCUCACCACCCCGAGCAGCGGGGUCUCAAUGGCGGACAUGGUGACGGAUAACUUCUUCAAUUCGAUAAUUGGCCAGGCCGACUCGAGUUGUGAGGGGAAGAGCUUCUACACUAGGCAAGCUUUCCUUGAUGCUGCCAGUGGUUACACCGAAUUUGGCGCAGUCGGGACUGCCGAUGACUCUAAGCGUGAGAUCGCUGCUUUCUUCGCUCAUGUCACGCACGAGACUGGACAUUUUUGCUACAUUGAAGAGAUAGAUGGUCCCUCGGAAGAUUACUGCGACGAAUGGAACAUCCAGUAUCCAUGCAACCCCAACAAAGGCUACUACGGUCGAGGUCCCAUCCAAAUAUCAUGGAACUCCAACUACGGACCCGCGGGAGAAUCCAUCGGGUUCGACGGCGUCAACUCUCCCGAAACCACGGCCAACGAUGUGGUCGUGUCUUUUAAGACCGCCUUCUGGUUUUGGAUGAACAACGCCCACUCCGUUAUUACUUCCGGUCAAGGCUUCGGCGCGACGAUUCGAGCCAUUAAUGGAAUAGAAUGCGGUGGCGGAAACCCCGACGCGGUUCAAGCUCGGGUUCAAUAUUACAUUGAUUAUUGCAACCAUUGUGGUGUCUCUCCGGGAGAUAACCUGACCUGUUAGAAAGCAUAGAAAACCAGUUUCUUUUUAUGGCAUUGUAGCCAACCUCGGUUAGCACCAUGACCAUACUCGAUUUACAAUAAUGUCGGCCACUGAAUAAUAGAUCCAAAAAAUAAAAGGAAUAUCAGCAUCUUGUUGAGUAA